AUGAAGGUCGCAAUUAUCGCCGCAUCGCUCCUGGCUGCCGCCCAGUCAGUCUUCGCCCACACCUACCUCGACCACAUUGUGUUGCCUGGAGGAGCAAAUGGCGAUUGCGUGCGGCACACAUCGCAGUGGACAACCGGUCAGAGGAACUACCCCAUCAAGGAUCUCACAUCCGAGAACAUGAUCUGCGGUUUCGCUCCCACCCAGCCUGCCGCCCAGCGAUGCCCGAUCACUGCCGGCUCCAAGCUUGGUCUCAUUUUCGGCCACGACCGCCCCGGUGACGACAUCAUCGCUGCUUCCCACUGGGGUGCCUGCAACAUCUACCUUGCAGCCCAGCCAGCGAACGGCGGCGUUCCUACUGGCGCCGACUGGUUCAAGAUCCAGGAGGAAGGCUACCCCAACGGCAAAUGGUGCACAUCGAGGCUCAUCGAAACCAAGGGUCUUCUCGAUGUUACUCUCCCCUCCAACCUCCCCAGCGGCAAGUACCUCCUUCGUGCCGAAAUCGGCGCCCUCCACGAGGCCGAUACCCUCUUUACCCAGAACCCCGCUCGCGGCCUCCAGCUGUACGUCUACUGCGCCGAGCUGACCGUCACUGGCUCUGGAAACGCCAACUUCUCCCCCAAGGUGGACUUCCCGGGCGCUAUCACCUACCAAAGCCCAGGAGUCCUUUUCAACGUCUACGCUCCAUUCAACUCCUACCCCACCUUUGGCCCCGCUAUC